GUUUUUAUUUCACAGGGAGCCCGUGUUUGGGUCCGGGAGAAGGAGCAGCUUGUUCCCUCCACUGUAAACUCCUGUGCAGAUGGAACCCUUGUGGUCACAACUGACUAUGGCGAGGUAUUGUACCUGCAGACGGCCGAGGUCACCAGGGAGCGGGUGUACGCCAUGCACCAGUCCAGCAUCGACGGGGUGGAGGACAUGUCAGCGCUGGCCGAGCUGCACGAGGCCGCCAUCAUGCACAACCUGUACCAGCGCUACAAGAAGGAUAACAUCUAUACGAACAUUGGCAGCAUCCUGGCGGCCGUCAACCCUUACAAGCAGGUCCCUGCUAUGUACGACCCAGAGCGGGUGGACCUCUACUCCAAGCACCACCUGGGGGAGCUGCCCCCCCACAUCUUUGCCGUGGCCAACGAAUGCUACCGCUGCAUCUGGAAACGCCCCGACAGCCAGUGUGUCCUCAUCAGUGGUGAAUCGGGCGCAGGGAAGACGGAAAGCACUAAACUGUUGCUGCAGUUCCUGUCGGUGAUGAGCCAGAAAUCAGGAGGAACUCCUGCUUCAGAGAAAACCACACGUGUGGAGCAGGCCAUCGUCCAGAGCAGUCCCAUCAUGGAAGCGUUCGGAAACGCAAAGACGGUUUACAACAACAACUCCAGUCGCUUCGGGAAGUUCAUCCAGCUUCACUUCUCUGAGUGCGGCAACAUCCAGGGAGGCUGCGUCAUCGACUAUUUAUUGGAAAAGAACCGUGUGGUACGACAGAACCCUGGAGAGAGAAACUACCACAUUUUCUACGCUCUGUUGGCCGGAGCUACCAAAGAGCAUAAAAGCCUCUACUUCCUGGAAGACCCUGCGGAAUCGUUCCACUACCUCCGCCAAUCAGGAUGUCUGAAGGACAAGAGCCUGAAUGACAAAGAACUGUUCAACAGCGUCAUGGAGGCGCUGAAGGUGUUGGAGUUCUCGGAGGAGGAGAUCAGAGACAUGUUCAAGCUGCUGUCAGGAGUCUUGCAGCUGGGAAACAUUGAGUUCAUGACUGCAGGAGGAGCCCAGAUCACCACCAAGCAAGUUGCCACCAAUGCCAGUGAGCUGCUGGGCCUGGACACCUUCCAGCUGUCCGAAGUCCUGACUCAGAGAUCCAUAAUCCUCAGAGGAGAGGAAAUCUGCUCCCCUCUCACUAUAGAGCAGGCCGUAGAUUCUCGGGACUCUGUUGCCAUGGCGCUAUAUUCCCAGUGUUUUUCCUGGAUCAUCCUCAAGAUCAAUCAGAAAGUCAAAGGGAAGGAAAACUUCAAAUCCAUCGGCAUCCUCGACAUCUUCGGCUUCGAGAACUUUCAGGUGAAUCGAUUUGAGCAGUUUAACAUCAACUACGCCAACGAGAAACUUCAGGAGUACUUUAACAAGCACAUCUUCUCUCUGGAGCAGCUGGAAUACAACAGGGAGGGGGUGCAGUGGGACGCCAUCGACUGGAUGGAUAAUGCAGAGUGUCUCGACCUCAUAGAGAAAAAACUGGGUUUACUGGCUCUGGUGAAUGAAGAGAGUCGAUUCCCCAAAGGAACCGACUUCACUCUUCUGGAAAAGCUGCACAGCAGACACGCUACAAACCCUUACUAUGUGAAGCCAAGACUCGCUGAUCAUCAGUUUGGUAUCAAACAUUAUGCAGGGGAGGUCUUGUAUGAUUCUAAAGGAAUCCUGGAGAAGAACAGGGACACCUUCAGAGACGACAUCUUAAACAUGCUGAAGGACAGCAGACUGGAUUUCAUCUAUGACUUGUUUGAGAAAGUUGGCAGCAGGAACAACGAGGAGAAGAUGGGAACAGCCAGACGUAAACCCACAGUCAGCUCCCAGUUCAGGGAUUCCCUCCAUGCUCUCAUGGCCCUUCUGAGUGUGUCCAACCCUUUCUUCAUCCGCUGCAUUAAACCCAACAUGGAGAAGAAUCCCAAUGUGUUCGACCCGGAGGUCGUCCUGAACCAGCUGAGGUAUUCUGGGAUGCUGGAGACUGUGAAGAUCCGUCGUGCCGGGUUCCCCGUCCGCAGAACUUUCAAAGAAUUUUUCUCUCGGUAUAAGAUCAUGCUGAAAGAAAAAGUAGCAACAGCUGGAGACGAUAAAAAGAGGAGCACAGACAUUCUCCUUAAAUAUGACAAGACCAAAAAAGAGUGGCAGUUCGGCAAGACCAAGGUGUUUUUGAAAGAGUGUCUGGAGCAGCGUUUAGAGAAAGACAGGGAUGAAAUCCGACGGCAAGCUGCUAUGAUAGUCCGAGCUCACCUUCUCACUUUCUCUGCCAAGAAGCACUUCAAGCGCGUGCGUGCCGGCGUCCUCACCCUCCAGAAACACUUCAGAAAGCACCUCCAGCGCCGGCGAUUCGUGAAGCAGCGCAAGGCGGCUCUGGUGCUGCAGAAACACAGGCGAGGUCAGGUGGCACGCACUCGUGUUCGAAAACUCAAAGAGGAGAAGAGGAAGAGGGAGGAAGCGCAGAGGAAGAAGGAGGCUGGGGAGGAGGACAAGAAGUCGGUUGGUGAAGGGCAACAGGAGAAAGAGGGUGAAGGAUCUGAGGACAAAGACGAAUCAGGAGAGGCAAGCACCCGGCAGAUGGAAGAGAUCCUGCAGCUGGAGCGGGAGAUUGAGCGCCUGCAGAAGAAGAGAGAGGACGAGGUGUCGCAGCUUUGCGAGUCCUCCAAACAGGAGCUGCAGCUACGCCGCGACGCUGAGAUCAAACGGAUGAAGAAGGAGGCGUCUCGCAAGGCCACGGAGCUCAUCGACCUCCGGAACUUCGAAGGCGUGGAUCCUUUGCUGGUAGGGGCCGGAACGAAGCCUGCUGCCGAGGCCAAGUCUCCCAAAGGUGCAAGUGCAGCUCGAGGAGCAUCCAAAGAGGAGGAGGUGGACGAGGGCUUCCACGCCGAAGAGGAGUGCAUCCCUCUGCCUGACUUCCCUCCUCCUGCAGAGACAGAUGCUCCCUUGGAUCAGGACAUGUUUGCCCAACUCCCUCCUCCACCACCUGCCUUCGCUGAGGGGACAGUUCCUCCUGCACCACCUCCUCCACCUCCCCUGCCCACAGAUGAUGUUCUUGCUGAUGGAAUUCCUCCCCCUCCGCCUCUCCCAACACCUGGAGAUGACUCCACCGUCCCUCCAGCUCAACCACCACCACCACCAGCACACCGACCUCCCUCGGGAGUAGGGGAGAAGAAGGAGGCGGCCAAGGAGGAGUCGGAAAGGAAGGUCAGCAUGGUGGAGAGCCUGGACGGCGAGGAGCCCAUCUACAGCAUGCCGGCCGACACAGAGUCAGAUUAUGAUCAGGAGGAGGAGGAGGGGUCCGUCACAGCCGGAGACGACAGCUCCGUAUCCGGGAGCAACAGAGGAAGUGCCGCCCCGGCGGACGAGGAGCACCCGAGGAAGUCGACGUGCACCAACGCCAGCAUCGAGUCCUACAGAGGCAGCUCCGACUCUGUGAGGAGACACACUUACCCGCAUCCUCACACGCGUGCCCGCAGACAUUACGCUGACAGUGAUGAUGAGCAUGAUGGGAUGAUGGACACUGAUGAAGAAGUGACAAACGGCCGAGUGUUGUUGCUAAAUGGAAACGGUCCUCCGUAUUUCCACGGCUACCUCUACAUGAAGGCUGGCCUGAUGAUCCCUUGGCGGAGGCGCUGGUGUGUGUUGAAGGACGAAACCUUCAUGUGGUUCCGCUCCAAACAAGAGUCGCUGAAGUCCGGCUGGCUCUACAAGAAGGGAGGAGGCCUCUCCACUCUCUCACGGAGGUUAAACUGGAAGAUGCGCUGGUUUGUACUGAGGGACAAUAAACUGAUGUACUACGAGAACGACAGCGAGGAGAAGCUGAAGGGAACCAUCGACAUCCGGGCUGCAAAGGAGAUCCUGGAUAACCAUGAAAAGGAGAAUGCUCUGAACAUCGUGACGGACGAGCGGACCUAUCAGGUGUUUGCUGAGUCACCAGAGGAUGCAAGUGGCUGGUUUAGUGUCCUCAGUAAGGUGCGUGUGUGCACUCCGGAGCAGCUGAUGGAGAUGUCCCAUGAACAGGCCAACCCAAAGAACGCUGUGGGAACUCUUGAUGUUGGACUGAUCGACUCAGUUUGUGCUUCAGACAACCCUGAUCGGCCCAACUCUUUUGUCAUCAUCACUGCAAAUCGUGUGAUCCACUGCAACAGCGACACACCAGAGGAGAUGCAUCACUGGAUCAGUCUGCUGCAGAAACCAAAAGGAGACGCCAGGAUCGACGGGCAGGAGUUCCUCGUCAGAGGUUGGCUGCAAAAGGAGAUGAAGACGAACGCUAAGAGCACCUCCCUGAAGCUGAAGAAACGCUGGUUUGUUUUGACCCACAACUCGCUGGAUUACUACAAGAGCUCGGAGCGAAACUCCUCCAAGAUGGGAACUCUGGUCCUUAACUCCCUCUGCUCCAUCAUUCAGCCGGAUGAGCGAGUGCACCGGGAGACAGGUUACUGGAACAUCAUAGUAUAUGGGAGGAAACAUUCUUACCGCCUCUACACCAAGAUGCUGAAUGAGGCCAUGAGGUGGACGGCUGCUAUACAGGGAGUCGUCGACACUAAGACGCCCAUCGAGACUCCAACACUGCAGCUCAUCAGAGACAUCAAGGAGAACAGUGUGAACCCAGACAUCGUGGAGCAGAUGUACAGGAGAAACCCCAUCCUCAGAUACACGCAGCAUCCUCUGCACUCCCCUCUGCUGCCGCUGCCGUAUGGAGAGGUCACCAGCCUUCACAGGCAGCAGGGUUACGCCAGCCUGCAGGACGAGGCCGUGCGAGUGUUCAACUCGCUGCAGGAGAUGGAGACGCUGGCCGACACGGUGCCCAUCAUCCAGGGCAUCCUGCAGACCUGCCAGGACCUGCGGCCGCUCAGGGACGAGGUAUAUUGUCAGGUGAUCAAGCAGACCAAUCAUGUGUCUCAGCCUAACAGCCCAGCCAAUCGAGCCCACUGGCACCUGCUCACCUGCAUGAGCUGCACCUUCCUGCCCAGUCGAGUCAUCAUCAGAUACCUCCGGUUCCACCUCAAGAGGGUACGCGAGCGCUUCUCCGGCACAGAGAUCGAGCGCUACGCCACUUUCAUCGGGGAAUCCUUAAAGAAGACCAAGUCUCGUGAGUUUGUUCCAUCCCAGGAAGAGAUCGCCGCCCUGCUGGUGAGACAGGAGAUGAGCACCACUGUCUACUGCCACGGAGGAGGCUCCUGCAAGAUCUCCAUCAAUUCACACACCACAGCUGGAGAGGUUGUGGAGAAGCUGAUCAGAGGUUUGGCCAUGGAGGAGAGCAAGAACCUGUUUUCCCUGUUUGAACACAACGCCGUCACAGACCGGGCUCUGGAGAGCAGAGUGAUCGUGGCAGACAUCCUGGCAAAGUUCGAAAGGUUGGCAGGAAGUGAAGAAGAGGAGGAGGAAGGAGAAUGGAAACUCUACUUCAAACUCUACUGCUUCUUGGAUGUGGAGAGCAUGCCCAAAGAGGGAGUGGAGUUUGCCUUCAUGUUUGAACAGGCUCACGAGUCUCUGAUAAGUGGUCACUUCCCGGCGUCAGAGGAGACUUUGCAGCACCUGGCCGCUCUACGUCUCCAGUAUCUCCACGUGGACGCGGCAGGUCGGGCCGGCUGGAGCCUGGGGACUGUCUAUCCGAUUGGACGUCUCCGCAAUCGCAUCCUCCACUCCACCAAGCCUGGCGUGGGGGCCGCAGGUGGAGCCGGAGCAGGCGGAGGAGCGGGAGACGGGAAGGGCCUGGUGGGAGGACCAGGAGGUGUCGGCCCCGCGAUCGAGAAACGAAAGACCCCAAGCUUCCUGGACGGGUCCCUGAGGAGGAGCUUUAAGACAGGGUCCCUGAAGAAGCAGAAGGUGGAGGAGGAGCAGAUGUUGGAGAUGUGGGUGAAGGAGGAGACGUCUGCCACUCGGACCAGCGUCCUGGAGAAGUGGACCCGGCUGCAGGGAAUGCCGCAGCACCAGGCCAUGCUGAAAUACAUGAGCAUCAUUAAGGAGUGGCCCGGAUACGGAUCCACCCUGUUCGAUGUGGAGUGUAAAGAGGGCGGCUUCCCUCAUGAUCUGUGGUUGAGUGUGAGCGCUGACAGUGUGUGUGUUUAUAAACGAGGUGAACCCAAACCUCUGGAGACCUUCCAGUACGAACACAUCACCUUCUUUGGAACUUCGCAGCCCUGCACCUACAAGAUCAUUGUGGACGAGAGGGAGAUUUUCUUUGAGACUCCACUGGUCGGAGAGGUCACCAAGAUCAUGAGAGCCUACAUCAACAUGAUGGUGAAGAAACGUUGCAGCAUCAUGUCUGUGACCAGCGUCGGCAGCUCCUGGCUCAGGUGA